GUGAGUGUUAAGAAUUGUGGUCUGGGUGGGUAUUUAUCAACCAUCCAUUAGUUAUCCACAAUUGUAAUAUUAGUUGCAUACAAAAUUUACUUGAACGAAAAGAAAAAGUUGUAAGCAAUUAGAGUUUGGUAUUGAUAUUUUCUGAUUCAUGUCCAAUUUUCACCCAAACAUGCAAGCCAAUCUACACCCCAUCUCUGCAUCUCAUGUCAAGCCUUCAAUCAAAAUUGUUAGCACUUUAAAUGAAAACUACCAAACCAAUCCCCAAUCCUCAGUAGGCAAAAUCAAACGCCUUGUUCUCACACAAGAAGGCAGAACCAAACUGAAUACUUACUCAGACAGAGAUUUUUAUGCAUACCCACGCUUGGUUACUCACGUUGAUGAUGGCUUCAUUUCUACACUUACCAAUGUUUAUAGAGAAAGGCUGAGACCUGACACAGAGAUACUUGAUCUCAUGAGCUCAUGGAUUAGCCAUCUACCCAAUGAUGUCAAGUACAAAAGAGUUGUGGGGCAUGGGUUGAAUGCACAAGAGCUUGCAAAGAAUCCAAGACUGGAUUACUUUUUUAUAAAGGAUCUGAACAAGGAUCAGCAACUUGAACUUGAGAGUUGCAGUUUUGAUGCAGUGGUAUGUACAGUUAGUGUGCAGUAUCUCCAACAACCAGAGAAGGUGUUUGCAGAGGUGUUCAGAGUGCUAAAGCCAGGAGGGGUGUUCAUUGUGAGUUUUAGCAACAGAAUGUUUUAUGAGAAAGCCAUAAGUUCAUGGAGGGAAGGUACUGCUUAUAGCAGGGUUCAACUUGUGGUUCAGUACUUCCAAUCUGUGGAAGGUUUCACAGAGGCAGAGGUAGUUCGAAAGCUACCAACUACUAAAGGUGCUCAAGAGAACAAGUCACCAUUGGGUUGGAUUAUGGGGCUUUUUGGAUUGCUGUCAGGAUCAGAUCCCUUUUAUGCAGUGAUUGCUUACAGGAAUUUCAAACCCAUACAAGAUGAUUGAGUUAGAGGAUUGUUGUGAAUGUUGAAAAUGUGCUAAGUUACUGGUUAAGUUUAAAUUGUGUUCAGACUUCGUUACUUUCUAAAGCAAAUUGGAUAUAGAAACGAACAUUUGGUUUAUAUGCUGCAAGUAAAUAACAUUAUGGCAUCGAGGCGAACCAAUGAUAUUUUAACACUAGUUCUAAUAAAUUAUGCAUCGUUUAGUGUA